CAAAAAUUCAGAGAAAAUGUUUUAAUACGAUGGUAAUCCUAGUAGCAUGGUGGCUCUGGAAACAUCGAAAUACAUUCAUGAGGAUGCAGCUCUGUGGGGAAUGGCUGGAGCUAGAGCCCUUAGAAGUCUUUGGUCUUAAGCUGUUGGCCUUGGACCACUAAUGGGUUAUAGAUGAGUCUUUUGAUGUUUUUGUUUUUCUACUUCUGUAAGGAGGUUUUUGUAUUUGGUCUCUUCCCAGACCCUUACUCUUUUCUUCUUAAUAUAUUGAUAAUGCAACUCUUUCGCGAAAUAAAGUCACGGGGUAGAGAAGGCUGCAGCUCCCCCGCGUGGGCGACUCGAGCGGCAAAACCCUAGCCGCUACCGCCCCACUGCCCCUUCUCUCUGUCUCACGGCUGCCAGAGGGGUUGGCCGGCAUGCCCGCCGGGCCCCCAGGAUGGUGGCGGCGACGCAUCCGCCCAGUUGGCGUCGCGAGCGCCCAGAUCCACGCGGGAGGGAACUCGUGGCCGGGGCGUGGUCAUGGUGUUCGUGGCGGUGCCGUGCGCUCGCGUGGGCGUUGCAGGUAGAGGCGCGGUGGCGGUGGUGCAACGGCCCACUGACGGCGUGCACGUGGAAGCUCACCGUGUCGACGAAGUUGGGGGUGAGGAGUGCGACGCCGACCCGAAGCAUCACAGGCCGGGAGAGCAACCGCCUCCCACCCGCCGGUCGUCCUCGGCCUCGUUCGCUACCUUCUUCGCGCUGCACGGUCGGUGGCUGCACCGUGCUGCCCGCCGGGGCGCGAGCUGGCGCCGAUCGGCAGAUGCAGCAACAUGUCGUUCAGCUGGCUCUUUGAGCGGCCGUUGUGGCCCUCUUGCGCGGAGCUCCUGGCGGCUCGGGGAGGAGGUGCAGCGACCGUACCUGCACGGCGGUCAUCUCCUCGUGGCGGGGGUGAGACCCUCGCAGUGGCCGCGAGUGCCAGGCCGGCGACGACUGCCGGCAUCGGCUUCGGCGCGUGAUAGCAUGACGCACACGGCAAGGUGAAAUCGAGCUCCGUGUGCCCUGCUAGAGGGGGUGGCGACCGACGCAGCUUUGAGGCUGUUGCGGUAGCCGAUGCGUCGAGCCGUCGAUGCCCCUCUAGAAGGGUUUGUGCGGGAUCGCAGGGCAGCUACGACGACAAAGACAACUUGCUAUGGCCCAGCUUCUUGACCUCACGAUGUGUUGGGAGACAUCUUGGGCGAAAGUCUCGGCGACGGUGAUGUCCGUGGCGCUUCUCUUGUCGAGGGUGUCACAUUCCCCAGCAUCGUUUUUUUUGGGCGAAAGCUCAAUCCAUCUCGGACAGGCGAUGGAGGUGUCCCCGACGUCAUUCCCUUCCUAAAGGCGUCACUAUUGAAAUUCGUCUUGACCACGACGUCGCAUUUAGUUGAUGCUUUCGCUUCUCGAUGCCCGAUAUGCGGGUAGAGGAAGGGACUUGCAACGUGAGGUCGGAGCUGCUACGUUAGAGGAUGUGACUCGACAAUGAUGACAUGAAGCAAAACCCUCCCUCCUUCGUGGACUGGUUUGCUUUGGAGGUUGGGCAUAUGUCGGGGGCGGGGCGCCAGAUCAAGAUUGGAAGUCGGAGCUGCUCCUUGGUUUGAGCUCAACAAUGAUGGCCUGUUGUGACCUUUCGCUUCGGGCCGCCUGCCUGUUUUCGUUUGGAUCAUCUAAGAUUUGCCAUGGUAAGUCAGAGUCGCUGGCUACUUUACAACCAUGCUUGGCAAUGAUAACUCAUGGCAGCUUUAGGUGCUCUUCUGCAUUGCGUUGGUGGGUUUGCCCUUCGUGGUCUUGUUAGUUUUGGUUGUAGGAGUUGGUUUGUGGUCUGGUGCAUGAAGUCGGAGCUGCUAAGCCUCGGUGCUAAGCUCGACAACGAUGACUUGAGCCAGGCUUUAGAACUGCUGACGAGGUGAGUGGAGUAGAGCAAAAGUGUUGUGUGGUCAUCUGUUGAUGUCCCAAUCCAACCAGCCCACUUUUGUUGUUUCUAGUUGGUUCGAGUGUUGUGUGGCACAUGUUGAUGUUCCAAUCCAACCAUACGCUGUUGUUUGGUCGUUUUGCCUA